AUGAAAGACAAAUACGGAGUAAAGAUGAAUUACAUGAAAGCAUGGCGUAGUAAAGAGCGAGCACAAACCCAGCUACAUGGAAAUGCUAAAGAGUCGUACAAUCUCUUGCCAAGAUACCUGUACAUGCUACAGAAAACAAAUCCAGGAACAUUAAUAGACAUAGAGAAAGAUGAUGAUGACGAGUUUCAAAUAUGCAUUUGUUGCAUUGAAUGUCGCUAUAAAAGGUUGGCCAAACUGCAAACCAAUCAUCGUGGUAGACGAGUGCCAUUCUUUGCAGCUGCAAAAGCUUACACAGAAAUGGAGUUUGAAUUCCAUAUGAGGGAGCUAGACAACUUGGAUAAGCGCAUAAGACCGUACCUGGAGAAAAUUGGCCAUGAAAAAUGGUCAAGGUACUCUACCAUGACAUCAAACAUAGCUGAGGCACUGAACUCAGCAAAUUUAGCAGCAAGGGAAACACCAGUGACAACAUUAAUGGAGUGCUUGAGGGCACAAAUGCAAGAGUGGACAUACAAUAAUAGAAAGGAGGCACAAAAAUGCACAACAAGGCUGACACCAUCAUCUGAGAAAAAACUCAUAGGGAACUAUGUACGAUCAUUGCGACUAACGGUGAAACCAGCAAACCAGAACCUGUUUGAGGUGAUAGAUGAAGACAGAACAAGAAUAGUAAACUUGAAGGAGAAGACGUGCACAUGCAAUAGAUUUCAAAAAGAUGAAAUGCCAUGUAACCAUGCAGUCGCCGUCAUGAAGGACUUGAACAUAAACACAUACAACUACUGUGCACAAUACUACACAUCAAAAGCAUGGCUGCAAACAUAUGAAGAAACAGUAUACCCAGUUGGAAACGUAAGAGAAUGGGAACUUCCAGAAUUUUUUGAAGAAAUCAUAGUGUUGCCUCCAAAGGAGAGAAUCAAGUCUGGAAGGCCGAGGAAAAGAAGAAUGGCAGCAGCUUGGGAAACAAAGAAACAAAACAAGUGUGGCAAGUGUGGACAAAAGGGACAUAACAAAAAGACACUGAGAAGAAUUACGGCAUAG